CAUUUACAGGAAGAGAUUUCACCUUGUGACAGGAGAGAACAACUUUAUUCUGUGGGAUUUACACCGAGGACAAUGGCCGCAGUAAUUCCAAUGGACAACCACCCAGGCUUCUUCUCAUGAAGGUAGCUCGGCCCACUCUAUAGUCACCUUGGAACUUACAGACAACUGGAUCUUUAUCAUGGAUUACAACAAUGAGAUCGAAAUGUUGGACAAUGACAAUGCUCAUUCUUUAUGUGCUGUGUGUGGACAGGAACAUUCGCUUGAAGAAAACCAUUUUUACUUAUACACAGAAGAAGUUGAUGAUGACUUAACUUGUCACAUUUGUCUACAUGCUCUGGUUGAACCAUUGGACACUCCAUGUGGUCAUACAUAUUGUACUCUCUGCCUCACUAACUUUCUCCUCCAUGAAAACUUCUGCCCUAUGGAUCGAAAAUAUAUCAUGCUACAGUCAUGCAAAAAGUCCACUGUGCUGGUAAAGAACUUGCUGGAUAAACUUUUGGUUACCUGUCCCUUCAAAGAGUAUUGUCAAGAUGUUCUUCAACGAUGUGACCUCGAAGACCACCUCCUGAACAGGUGUAAAGGUGCAUCACACUAUGGCCUUACUAAAGAGCGCAAAAGACGUUCACAGGAUGACUCCCCAGACUGCAGCUCGUCUCUAGACUUAACCGUAGCAGCAGUGUCAUCUGAAUUAUCAGCUGCCUCAGCGGCAGCCUUAGUGUCUGAUGAGACGGGCCAGGAUAACCCUGUAUACAGCUUACCCACAGGAGACAGCCAUUUGGGAAGUGGAUUUGAAGAACAUUGCAGAAUUAAUCGCAACAGGAGUCGUAACUUUGAGCGUUCCACUGUCAGGAGCCUGUCAUUUAAGAAGCUGAACCGAGCUCUCAGCGUACUGCGCAGAACAAAGAGUGGAAGCGCUGUUAUACAUUCUGCAGACAGGGAGCGAGGGAUCCUGCAAAAUGCAAAUGUCACCGAGGAUUGUAUAGGAUUGCCAAGUCUGUCCCACCUUAUUCCAGAUGGAGAAAUUACUUGUAUUAAAAUCAAUCGCUCAGAUCCAAGUGAAUGCCUUGGCAUCAGGAUUGUGGGUGGGAAUGAAACUCCUCUUACCCAGAUCAUCAUACAACACAUCUACCAAGAUGGAGUCAUUGCUCGAGAUGGAAGACUUCUUCCAGGAGACAUAAUCUUGAAGGUGAAUGGCAUCGACAUCAGCAAUGUGCCUCACUGCUAUGCACUAUCAAUCCUCAAACAGCCCUGCCAGGUGCUGAAGCUUACAGUUCUCAGGGAACAGAGGUACAAAUGUAGAAGCAAUGGCAUCAUCACAGACUCACACUCACCUCGUGAAGACAGCAUACAUGUUGUGUUAAGUAAAAGUAGCCAAGACGUGCAGCUUGGAAUAAAGCUAGUCCGCAAACGAGAUGAGCCUGGAAUAUAUAUAUUUAAUUUACUGGAAGGAGGAGUAGCAGCUCGAGAUGGUUAUUUGCAGGAAAAUGAUCGAGUUUUGGCAAUUAAUGGCCAUGAUGUCCGAAAUGGGACCCCAGAAAUUGCAGCUCAACUCAUACAGGCCAGCGAGGAAGGGGUUUAUUUUGUUGUUUCACGACAGACCAGACAUCAGACCCCUGAUAUCUUACAGGAGGCAGGAUGGCAUAACAACAGCAGCCCUCCAUCAUGCCCCAGUGAGAGAAACCAAUUUAACAAGAAUGCUAAUCGAACAGUACUAUGUGUGGAGAAGGUUGUGAACAUUGUUAAGGACCAUUCAGAGUCACUGGGCAUGACAGUGGCAGGUGGAGUAUCGAACUGGGAGUGGGACCUGCCUAUUUUUGUUACAAGCAUAGACCUUGAUGGUGUCAUUGGGAGAGAUGGGAGAAUAAAAACAGGUGACAUUUUACUGAAUGUCAAUGGUGUAGACCUAACAGGAGUCAGCCGUAGUGAAGCUGUGUCGCUACUAAAAAACUCUUCCUCCUCGUGCGUUGUUCUGAGAGCCCUGGAAACAAAAGAGUAUGAGCCAGAGGAAGACAUCGGCAACUCUCUGCUCAUGGAACCGGUUCAAAAUGGCUUUGAGAACAGAGAAUGGUCACCAGUCUGGGUCAUGUGGCUGAAGCUGCCUCAGUAUUUAUACAGCUGCAGAGAAAUUGUGCUGAGGAGGAAUACAGCAGGGAGCCUGGGCUUCAGCUUUGUAGGAGGUUCAGAGGAUUGCAACCGGAACAAGCCAUUCUAUAUUAAAUCCAUACUAGAAGGCACCCCUGCUUACAACGACGGGAGAAUAAGGUGCGGUGAUAUGCUCUUGGCUGUAAAUGGGAGAUGCACAUCUGGGAUACCCUACAACCUCCUCGUAAGAAUGCUAAAAGAACUGAAAGGAAGAGUGGUACUUACCGUUGUGUCAUGGCCUGGGUCCUUCUUGUAGACAGUGCGUCACUGUCACUUGUCUUACAUUCCACAUGACGUUCUGGUUCUCACGUGUUUUUAAUACCGGUAUUAGAAUUUUUUUUAAACACUUGUUUGUCAUUUUUGGGUGUAAAUGACCACAGAUGUGUUUCUCAUGCAUGCAAAUAACAUAAAACUCCAGAGAUCAAGCACUUUUACACCAUCCUCAAGAGGAAUAUAACUGUGUAGAUGUUUAUACGUUGUCUCUUAUGUGACAGAUGUUAUCUGUGUGUUACUCCCAGUAUCUGUGUGUUACAUUAACAUACUGUAUACAUCAUUCACCACACAUUGAGGAAUCGGAACCAUCCGUUGUGGAGCCAUCUUGAAGUUCCACUUGCUACACUGUAAUUCGUCAUUGACCUCUCUUAUCGGGAAGGUAACACAAAGUUGCUUUAGUCAGUUUCCUUCAGAACCCAAAGUCAUAUUUACCUAAUUGAUGAGUCCACAAUGUGGAAUCCAAGAUUGAUGACCAUGUUCAGAGGUCUCUGAAUUAUACUCUUUUCUGCCUAUUUGCCAAAUGACCAGAUCUAAGCAACUGGGGCCAAAGUGUUUAUUGUCAUACUUACACCUGCAUCAAGCAUCAUAUGUCAUUUCGAAAGCAAAUGUGUGAUCUGAAGGAAAAUGAUGACGUUCCCAGCAUGAUAUGUGCUUUGUAAUGAGUAUAUUGUCCUCUCUUAUCUCUGGGUGAUAUAUCUCAGUGACCAGUGUUUGGACGUUAUAUACGAUGAAGCAGUACACUAUACAGUUAAAAAGGUUGGCCAAUUUGCAAUGCAACUGGUAAAAAUGCCAUAAACAGCCACGUAUGCAGCAGUCAUAAAAUGUUGUCCCCCAGCUGUCCUAAUGGAGGCCCUGGGCUGCCCUGGUAACACUAAACUAUACAUAACUGUCAUUUUCUGUGAUGGGCUAUAAGAUGGCAGCAACCAUUUCUUCUGGCUACUCCUGGGUAGCUUCUAUCCUGCAGAGGCACUGAAUAGUAAAUUGACGGGUCCAGCUCAUGCACCGCUAUCUCUAUAUGAGCGGGGAUUACAAUCGAUUAUAUGUUAUGCUCAGGCUCGGACUGGCUCACAGGGGAACAGGCGAGUCCCCCGAUGGGCCAUUAGUCCCCCAUCCCCUGCACAAGUGGCACAUGGCACAGUACACCGACUGUACUACAUACAGAUAGCAGCCUAUGCUUGUAUAAAAACUGAGUAUGUUAUUUAACAAACGACCCAGUUUAUUAUUAUACACACAUUGGGUGGCGGGAAAGACUUCUAGAUACAGAGGCAGGCCAGCCAGUAUUCCCAAAGUCACUACAGGGACCCCCAUGAUCCAUCAUCUUGUAGUGUCUUGCUACUGCUGCCACUGUGUAAGCAGGUAAUGCUUACAUGUAGUUUUACAGUGGGCCCCCAAAACGCACCUGUCUAACGCUGGUUUUGCCGAAUCUUUUCCCAUAACACUAUAUAUCAAUCUGCUCAGCUCCUCCAGAUCUUUAACAUGCUGCCCGUAGAUUGAGUUACAUUUUCAUAAUGGUGGGUACCUUUUGAUAAAUUUGUGGCUACAUGUUUUAUCACUGUUACCAAGAUCCAAGCGUGAGGGGACUUAUACCUUGGAACCGAACCAGAGUUCGGGAAAUGUUUUUUUACAGUACAAAUUAAUUUAUGAAGUGAUUGCGCAAAGUCUCAUGAGACUUCACGAAGCAAUAACUUUGUCUCAUCGGAGCCAAUACAUUCUAAUACUGUACGGAGCUCCUGCUCCGUACAGUAUUAGAACGAAGUUUUCGCUCAUCCCUAAUCCCUACCAUAAUAGAGUACUAAAUAAUCAGUGUCAACUGGCACAUUCAUUUAUGCAAUAAAUAAUGAAUGGCACUAAAGUGUUAAAUAACUAGCCAUCCACAUUUGGGUAAAAGCCCAUGAAGAUCAAGACACUCAUUCACUUAUUAUCUCUCAUAUUUUACAAUAAGAAUAGAUAGUAGGUAGAAGUCAACUCUUGCCUCACAAUUCCAUGCACAGUGGUGUUGGAUAUGGCGAUACGUUCUAAAUUGAACACAGAAUAUUUCGCAAUCUGCUAUACUUCUAUAUCUACAUCAUGUAUGGUCUAUAAGUCCCCUCACGCUGAUUAAGGCGCUCUCCCCAAGGAGAGAUAGUACCCCCAAAUCCUGAAUUAGGCCUCUCACCCAGUUAAGCCAGUACUCUCUGCUCUGUAUUGAUGAGGGGCAAUUACCCUGAGGCCCCUGGCUGCAGAUGAAGUGCUGGCUUACUUAUUAGCCAAUAUUAAUAUGUCUCAAAACCUAUUUAAAGGGUACAACACUGGCUUACAGGAUAGCUGCCUAAGGGCUCUUUCACACCUGCGUUAUAGUCUUCCGGCAUAGAGUUCCGUCGUCGGGGCUCUAUGCCGGAAGAAUACUGAUCAGGAUUAUCCUAAUGCAUU